AUGACAGCAGAAGAAGCUGCGCAAGCGGCCGGAACUGCAGCAGCUGUGAUUGCGCAGAGUGCAGGUUUGCCUGCAGAGACGCAGGCCACUCUGGCGGGAGAGGCUGCAGCAAGCGCAGGAAGCACCUACCAGCUAACAGCUGAACAACAGGCAUUGGCAGCUGGUGCAGCCGCUGCAACAGCGGCGGCUGCUGCCAACAUGACAGCGGGAGAUUCUGCACAAGCUGCUGCCGCUGCCACCAUUGCUGCAGGCACAGCCACCGGAUUGACCGCCGAACAACUCACGGUGCUGGCCGCCGAAGCCGCAGCGGAGGCGGUGAAAGCGCAGGGUGGGUCCGUGCAGCGGCAGGCACAAGCUGCCAGCGCGGCCACCGUUGCAGCUGUUGCCAGCUCAGACUUGACUCCAACCGAGCAAGCACUCACGGCUGCUGCUGCUGUGGCUUCGGCAUUGCAAAAUUCUACAUGCAGAGAAGACAUGGUUCGACACGUGGGUGCUACAGCACAAGCAGUUGCCAACACGACGAGCAUGAGCGCCGUGGAGCAGGCUGCCACGUCUGGGCAAGCAGCAGCAAAUGCAGCAGCGAACUGCAGCAUGAGCGCGCCUCUCCAGGCACAGCUGGCCAGUGAAGUAGCAGCGGCCGCAGCGGCAGCUGCCGGUCUCUCCAUCGAGCAGCAAGCGCAGCUUGCUGGACAAGCGGCGGCAGCCGCUGGCACAGCAGCAGGCAUGACAGCAGAAGAAGCUGCGCAAGCGGCCGGAACAGCAGCUGCUGUGAUUGCUCAGAGUGCAGGUUUGCCUGCAGAGAAGCAGGCCACUCUGGCGGGAGAGGCUGCAGCAAGCGCAGGAAGCACCUACCAGCUAACAGCUGAACAACAGGCAUUGGCAGCUGGUGCAGCCGCUGCAACAGCGGCGGCUGCUGCCAACGUGACAGUGGAAGAUGCUGCACAAGCUGCUGCCGCUGCCACCAUUGCUGCAGGUACCGCCAGCGGGUUCGGGUUGACCGCCGUACAACUCACGGUGCUUGCCGCCGAAGCCGCAGUUGAGGCGGUGAAAGCGCAGGGUGGGUCCGUGCAGCAGCAGGCACAAGCUGCCAGCGCGGCCGCCGUUGCAGCUGUUGCCAGCUCAGACUUGACUCCAACCGAGCAAGCGCUCACAGCUGCUGCUGCUGUGGCUUCGGCAUUGCAAAAUUCUACAUGCAGAGAAGACAUGGUUCGACACGUGGGUGCCACAGCACAAGCAGUUGCCAACACGACGAGCAUGAGCGCCGUGGAGCAGGCUGCCACGUCUGGGCAAGCAGCAGCAAAUACAGCAGCGAACUGCAGCAUGAGCGCGCCUCUCCAGGCACAGCUGGCCAGUGAAGCAGCAGCGGCCGCAGCGGCAGCUGCCGGUCUCUCCAUCGAGCAGCAAGCGCAGCUUGCUGGACAAGCGGCGGCAGCCGCUGGCACAGCAGCAGGCAUGACAGCAGAAGAAGCUGCGCAAGCGGCCGGAACUGCAGCAGCUGUGAUUGGUCAGAAUGCAGGUUUGACUGCAGAGACGCAGGCCACUCUGGCGGGAGAGGCUGCAGCAAGCGCAGGAAGCACCUACCAGCUAACAGCUGAACAACAGGCAUUGGCAGCGGGUGCAGCCGCUGCAACAGCGGCGGCUGCUGCCAACAUGACAGCAGAAGCGAUUGCCAGUUUCGCAUCUUUGGCUGCGGCAGAGGCCGCGACUGCAGCAGGUCUGGACGGCUCCGCGCUGGCGGAGCAGGCGGCACUGAGCGCGGACUGUCAGCUCUCCACGGACGAGCUCCGGUGCCUGCAGCGCUGCGUGCGCGGGCAACAGCUGAUGGUGCUGCGAGACGGGUUGCUCACCUGCGGCGGGGUUUUGCAAUCCACGGAUCGGCAAGUGGACCUCGCCUUUCGCCUGGACUUCGGGACCCGGCCAAGCACCUUCGCCCGACAGCUCCUAUCAGGGCUGGGCGGAUCCGUUGGCCUGGCAUCCCUGCGCCCGGGCUCGGUGGUGGCAUCGCUCGCGCCAGGCGAAGCGACAGAGGAGGCCUUCAGCGAGAUGCAGGCGCUCUUGCAGAGUGGACAGCUUCAAAGUCUGGGCGGCAUCUUCGACCUUCUUGACGAGGCGACCUCAGCAGCACCGACAUCAACAUCCACAUCGUCAUCUUCAACAUCCACACCAUCAUCUUCAGCAUCCACGCAAGCAUCUACUUCAUUUGGCUUUGCCACGACACAUGUCGCCGGCACCUCAACGAUGGGACUGUUCGAGAACGACUCCUUGAACGAGCCCAACGAAUCCAAGGAGUUUAACGACUCCAACGACUCCCACGACUCCAACGACUCCCACGACUCCAACGACUCCAACGACUCCCACGACUCCAACGACUCCAACGACUCCCACGACUCCAUGUCGGAGCUCGACAGCCCUCAGUUUUCGCCCGCCGCGCCCGUGAAAAGGGGCAACACGGAGGUCCAGCUCCUCAUGGGCAUUUGCAGCUCUCUUCUUUGCGCCUGCGCUUUGCUGACUUGGUGGGUGCGCCGCAGGAACGCGGCCAGAGAAGGCGCCGUGACCUCUCCGGAGCCGGACGACUUUGGAGGGGUGCUUCCCGGCCAGCUCAAAAAACCUCGUGAGGUAGGACAGACCGCGAGCCUCGCAUGGCUGGAGCAAGAGGCGGCAGAGGAAAGGGCGCUGCCGAAAGCUUUGGAGGCCGAGGCGUCAGAGCCAGGCCUCGAAGGUGUCCCCGACACACCGAGCGACGAAGAGCCCGAGCUGGCCACACCGCGUCGGUCACGGGCUAUGGGCACUGACUCCCUCAUCGCCCUGGAGGAGGCUCCCUGCCUAGGCUCCCUGGACUGGAAUGUCGAGGAGGUGGCUGACGAGGUGUCAGAGAAGAUUCCCAGCAAGCACGAUCUGCUGCACACGUUGCUCGCAGAUCUGCAGGAUGACACCAAGACGGAGUUCCGAUUGCCUGAGGACCCGGAGGUCUUACGCACGCUCUUCGGCCGAGCUCCAGAGGUACAAGUGCCGCCGGAACGAGGCCACGCUCCCUGGCCAUUGCCUUGCGAAGAGAGCCCUCAGGGCUCGAACGGUUCCAACGCGUCCCUGCUACAGUAGGCAGAGGCGGGUGAGGACUUUUGAUCUACAUCAUGUACAUCCACAUCUACAGCCCACUUUGCAUGACUUUUGGUGUCGCCAAAGGCGACAUGGGAUCAACACCUGAGGUGUCAACCGUUGGAAUUGGAGUGCUGCAGCGACACGCGCGGAGAAGCUCGUUCUCUCGAAUGGGACACACCCCAAGGUGCGGUGGGCGAAUGGGCGAGACAUGCACCUGGCUUGUCAGUCCCGCCAAUGCGUACCAUGGGGUGGUUGUCCCCU